CAUUUUCGCCUUUCACUCAUCACAGCUGAUGAGCUGAGUGACAGGUUUUUGUAUUCAUUUCCAAUUUUCCAAUCGCGGUUUUGCAUUGCAAAUUGCAAUGUUUGUGAAAUUCGAAAAAGUGUAGCGAUGAGUUAUUUAGCGGAAAGUGAAGCGCCACGGGACUUUAGAGUUUCCUCCACGGAAAGUGAUGGACAUUAUACAAAAUGUGUGCUUUGCUAUACGGUUAAAAGAAAUUUCUAUUGCGCAGAAUGUGUGAGAAGUGGCAGUUUCGUGCACUCAUCAUUGCCUUAUUCAGAUAAAUUCUCUGACAAACAAGUGAAGUUAAUGAGAUUAAAGUUAAAUAGACAGCAUAUAUUGGACAGAUGUGAAAAGUUGCUAGCACCAAAAUUAAAGAAGGACAUCCUGGUGACAGAAACAAAGAGAUCUAGAGACAAGUUAGACUUGUUACGAUUAGCGAUAGACCAAAGAAAGAACAAUAUUAGUUCAAUAAAAAAGGAACUGAGUGAUUUAGUGACUUAUAACAAUGAGUUAAGGUUGAAAUUGCCAAGGUAUCAAAAGCGAGUGUCGAGUUUGGGUAAGCAUGCUCAGUCGCAGCGAUAUGAGCUGCAAAAGAAGAUCAGUACAUACAAUGAUCAGGCGCAGUCGCUGGCUGCGUUGAGACGUUCCAGGAUACGGCAGCUGAACAGAUAUAUCUUUCCAGUGUACAUCAGUUAUGAUUCCAGUGACAGUAUAGAAGACAUGGAGUUUGUUGGUGAUGAUGCUGAGGAGGAGCCACCGAAAAGACCACAGCUGCACAUUGUAGCACCAUAUGUGGAUAUUGAUGGAGACUACUCUAGUAUUCAAGCGUGGGCGUCAGCGAACAAGGAGGCCGGCGGCGUGGCGCCGUGGGCGAACCCCGUGCACCGCAGCAGCGCGGCGCUCGGGCUGUGCGCGCAGCUGCUGGCGCUGCUCGCCUGGACGCUCGACGUGCGCCUGCCGCACGCCAUCGCGCUCGGGGAGGUGCUGGAGGGCGGCGCGUCCCGCUGGCGCUGGGCGGUGCGGCGCGUGGCGGCGGCGGGC